CUUCGGGACGCAGCAUCGGCGGGGCCGGCAGAAGAAGAGAAAGAGAGAGAGAGAGAGAGAGAGAGGCCGAUCUAGCGUCGUCGAGAUGAAGACGAUCCUGUCGACGGAUACGAUGGAGAUCCCGGAGGGGGUGACGGUGCGAGUGAAGGCGAAGGUGAUCGAGGUGGAGGGACCCCGCGGGAAGCUGACCCGCAACUUCAAGCACCUCAAUCUCGAUUUCCAGCUCAUGGAGGGCGGCCGCAAGCUCAAAGUAGACGCCUGGUUCGGCUCCCGCAAGACCACCGCCGCCAUCCGCACCGCCAUUAGCCACGUCCAGAACCUCAUCACCGGCGUCACCAAAGGAUACCGCUACAAGAUGCGGUUUGUCUACGCCCACUUCCCCAUCAACGCCUCCAUCGCCAACAACAACACAUCCAUCGAGAUCCGCAACUUCCUUGGCGAGAAGAAGGUGCGGAAGGUGGAAAUGCUUGAAGGAGUGACGAUCCUUCGGUCCGAGAAGGUCAAGGAUGAGCUUAUCCUCGAUGGGAAUGAUAUUGAACUUGUUUCUCGCUCUGCUGCCCUUAUCAACCAGAAAUGCCAUGUGAAGAACAAAGACAUCAGGAAGUUCUUGGAUGGUAUCUACGUCAGCGAGAAGGGAACAAUUGCUGAGGAAUAGUAAGCGAUAGUAAGAUGAUUAUAGCCUCACUGAAGCUUUCUUGUGGAGGACUUUCUGGCUAGACAGUUUUCUCUUCAACUUGAUGUCUGCAGAGCUUGGAAAUGGAGUCAUAGGUUUAUGAUUUUGAGUUUGUCUUGUGAUUGUUUUGAAUUACUGUUCUUUCUUCUGAUGUUGGAAGUUAAAAACUCUAUGGCAAGAUAAUUAGCUGUGGGGAACCUUUUAUUUUUCAAUUGAUCAUAAUGAAAGUAGAUUAUUUGGGCACGUGUUUGAACUCUGAAA